CUGCCAGACGCCAGUCAUAUCCGCAGCGCUGUUCGCAGAAUGUCAGACGCAGAAGAAACCGAUUUGACAUUGAACCUGGGUUACAUUACACCGCCGUUAUCUCCAACCAAAACUAUCAGUACUGAAGGAUGGCUAUCCCCAAAGACCCCCGUGUCGCCACGGAAAAUGCACCAUCACCUCUCCUUUCUCGAUUCAGAUGUGGAUCCUUUUCUUUCAACACCACCAGAGUCCCCGAUCAAAGGGAAAGAGACAUCUCGUUUUACCUGGCUACAGUUGCAGUCCUCAGACCCCAUCAAGCCAUUUCCGCAGUUCGCAUUAUCACCACCUAGUGAAGAUGAAGCCGACAACCAGGUAUCAAACCGUAAUGACGAUGAUGGAGGCCAAGGGGAAGAUUUACAUCUAUCCACAGCUGUCUCACGGGUGCGUAUUCGUUCCUUGUCGGACGCAGACAUCCGUUCUUCUCGAGGUUCAGACUCAUGGUCGAACGGUCCUCUACAUCGGCCCGCAACUGGGUAUCGAUCUUUGCUCCGUUCAUCUGGCAAUAAGGAAGCCAUCUUCUGUUUGAAAUCGCCUGUCAAGGCAUCAUCAGUUCCCUCGCCUUCCGCAUCGACUACUUCAGCAACGCAUGUCGGACUUCACUACACCCAGCCACUGACAAGCCCAAAUACCAUGAAGACACCGCCUUUGACAAGGACACUAAGUCCACUUCCCGUGCGUCAUGCAAGCUCCCCUCUUCGACCCAGCCAAUGGGCGGCGCGUGGUGGGCUAAUACGCUCUCCACGACAUCAAUUCCGUGCACCAGAUCGUUUCGUAGCUUCGCGUCGACCACCUAACAUUACAAGAGAGAGCUUCGAAUUGAACAAGCCAUCAGAGCGUUUGAUCAAUGGACGUUUGGCCGACAGAGGGGAAAUUUCUCAUACAGAUCCGUUCAGAGAAAGACUGCGUCGGAGCGUGAGAAUGAACGAAGAACUCCGAAACCUUCGAGAAACGCAUACCAUUCUCACCGGUCGAGCAAACCCAAAUCGACGUGGUGCUAUUCCAAGUCUCAGACGCGGCUCACUUGCAGCCUGGAACCGUGAAGUCAGCGCGGGAGCCGUGUGGAACGUAGGUGGUUCGUCCGUAAUGAGUGAUACGGUAGUCGGAGUUCCUGAUGGCAGAGGAGGCCUGCUUGGAAGUGGGACAAACGCACCAUUGUACACCUCAAUGUUUCUGAGUCGUCCUGAUCCUGAAGCUGCACUUGAGGCUUACGAAAAGCGCCUUGCUCUGGCCCUCGAAGUUGAUUUGGAUGAUCGCAUUCUGAACCAUUCUGCACCAAGUAGUUCCUCGACAGCUGUACCGAGUAGUCCACAAUCGCCUUUAGGGAGUACAGCGCAUGUUUGGAAAGACAGUGCCUGGACCAGAGAUGGCGCUACUACUCAAACGAAGUACUCCAAAAGCGAGGAAGGCUGUGCCAAUCCUACCGUUCAGAUAGUCCUUGAUGCACCACAACUACGCGACGACUAUUACUGCUCCCUGCUCGCCUACUCUCACACAGCCCAGUGUCUUGCGGUAGGAUUAGGCAAUUUUGUUCAUCUAUGGUCUGAACACAAUGGAGUUGAUACGCCAGAGUCACUCAACGCUUUGACUGUCUCUCCGUCCAACCCCAUUCAGCAUGUUACUUCGUUGGCCUUCUCAUCGACACAAGGGGGUCAGGCAAUCCUCGCUGUUGGACGCGCCGAUGGCCGAAUCGCGUUAUGGAGUCCAUUAGAUUCAGAGCCUCGUUUUGAUGCCACACAGCCGAAAGCCAUAUCGUGCGUUUCCUUCAGACCGAGCACGGUGAAAAGGCCAUCUUUGCGUGACCGCGCCCUCUCUGUUCCCACAGAAGAGCUUCUCGUAGGCGAUGAAGCGGGGCAUAUCUACUUUUAUAGCGUCGAGUGGCCUUCAGAAACGCAAAGUGCUUUGUUCGGCUGGAACGGAGCAAUGACCCUACUUGCUCGCAUGGCAGUCCACUCACAGCAAAUUUGUGGUCUCUCGUGGUCCGUUGAUGGGGAAUUGUUCGCAAGUGGUGGCAAUGAUAAUGCUUGCUAUCUAUUUGAAAGCAAAACGGUCCUCCAGCCCCCCAAUCACGAAGUUGAACGCGCAGAUGACAGCGUCAACGUCCGCCAAGGUCCCAACGGCGAGAGCAUCUACACAGUCACACCAGGUCGUGGUGCUGUCCUGCAUAUUCCAGCCACCCACGCGAAACACAAAUGGGAACUGCACGCCGCCGUCAAAGCUAUUGCAUUUUGUCCCUGGCAGCGAGGUCUGCUGGCCAUUGGUGGUGGGUCCAACGAUCGCUGCAUCCAUUUUUAUCACACCAUGUCCGGUGCUUGUCUCGCAACCAUUGACUGCGCCGCGCAAGUCACGAGCUUGAUUUGGAGUCAGACGCGCCGGGAGAUUGCGGCUACGUUUGGCUUCGCGCAGCCCGAGCAUCCAUAUCGCAUCGCCGUCUUUGCGUGGCCGAGCUGUGAGCAGGUGGUUUCUGUGCCGUGGUUCGACGAGAAUCGCGCCCUGUUUGCUGUUGCGUAUCCUGGUAGCGCGGACUCGGCGGGUACGUCUGCAGAUGCGGAGACAAGGGCUAGGGCUCGGGCCGCGGAAGAUGGAGUCUGGUGGAGAAGCGUCGAGGAGGGGUGUAUUGUCGUGGCUGCUAGCGAUGCGGCUAUCCGGUUUCACGAAAUCUGGACGGGUGGAAAGAAGGGGGUUGGAGGCGGGCCUGGACUGCUUGGAGGAAGCGACAUUCUGGAGGAUUUGCAUGGUAUUGAUAAAGAUGGAUUGAUGAUACGGUGA